AUGGCGGACACUGCUUCGAAGCAUCGAGCUGAGUUUGCCUUUGCUCAGCUUGAGAACGAGAGAUCUCUGACAUCUCUUCGUGACGAGCUAAGGGUAGCUCGUGGGAUUGUUGAUCGGUCUCGGGAUGAGAUAGCUGCUCUUCAGACCCUUGUUGAUGCCCACCAUCGGGAGCACAAGGCUCUCUGCGAGAUGCUUGAGCGCAAGGGCGUUCUUCAUCGGAAGAAGCAGCGUACUGAUGGUACGGCUUAA